CACAUGACUAGUCGCAAGAGAUCAUUCAGCGGUGUGCAGAAGCUUUUUUGGGAGAGGGGCGACGCGUUUGUGUGCACUGGUUGAAUCUAUUUAUAGUGUCAUCAAUACUGGAAAAUUUGGGAAUACAACGGGACGACAAACAAAAAAGCGGCUCCUCAUUCGACCGGACCUCCAGAUGCGACGGGGACAUUACAUCCAUGGAUCAGACAAUGCAAUCACUGAUGCGGCUCUGACAGGGAUGAUUGGUGCGACGGCAACAGUCACAUUGGCCUUUCCACUUCCGAUUCGGGCUUCCCCAUGAUCAGCUCAUCUACCUAUGAAGAGGUAGCGCUCAUUGACAUAUUGAUGUUCAAGAUCUCUCGGAAACCAACCUGUGUGAUAAGGGGAGAAUUGAGGAUAACGGAACUAGAGAUAGGUCCACUGGGGCAUGAUGAUAAGCAGCAUCUUCAUCCUGUGAUAUAAGCUUGUCCUCUGCGGAGGAGGCGCAGACUGGUGGGGGCAUGGCGACGGUGGAGGGUCGUCCGGCCCAGUAUGGGGUCACAGUGCAGCAGCUGCGGGAACUCAUGGAGACCCGCGGCCAUGAGGCCAUUCAGCGGAUUCAGGACGAGUACGGGGGCAUCCAGGAACUCUGCAGGAAGCUCUACACCUCACCCACCGACGGAUUGAGUGGAUCUGCGGCGGACCUGGAGCACCGGCGGGCGACGUUUGGGGCCAACUCGAUCCCGCCCAAGCCUCCUAAGACGUUCCUGCAGCUGGUAUGGGAGGCACUGCAGGACAUGACGCUCAUCAUCCUCCAAGUGGCCGCCUUUGUCUCCCUCGUGCUUGCUUUCAUUGAGCCCGAGGACCACGACGCUGGGCCGCAUGGCAAGCCAAAGGAGCCCGGAGAAUCGGAAGCUGGGUGGAUAGAAGGUGUAGCUAUUCUAGUGUCUGUAGUAAUCGUGGUUCUAGUGACUGCAUUCAAUGACUACACAAAGGAGCGGCAGUUUCGUGGACUCCAAAACAGGAUAGAGCAGGAGCACAAGUUUGCUGUGAUUCGGGGUGGUGAAGUGCACCAGAUCGCCGUGACGGAAAUUGUCGUCGGCGAUAUCUGCCAAGUCAAGUAUGGUGAUCUUCUGCCUGCGGAUGGAAUCAUUAUACAGAGCAAUGACUUAAAAAUAGAUGAGAGUACACUAACAGGCGAAUCGGAUCACGUCAAAAAGGGAGAACACACAGACCCCAUGUUGUUCUCGGGCACGCACGUCAUGGAAGGGAGUGGAAAAGUUCUGGUGUCUGCCGUCGGCGUCAACUCUCAGGCAGGCAUCAUUCUCACUUUGCUGGGAGCUGCCCACACAGAGAACAAAGAGCAGAAGAAAAAGAAGAAGAAAAGUAAAGACGCUAAGAAGGGUCAUAGAAAGAAGAAAGGGGAACCAGCAUGCUACGUCGAAGCUGGCGAAAAGGAGUUGUCGCCACUCACCCUGCCCGACCCAAAUGGUAGUGUAUGCCUCACCAAGAACGACCACCAGACGGACGAAGAAGCGGCCAUGUCUGGGAACUCGCACUUGGGCAACAUCACUGCCAACACACACGUGGAACCUGCCCGCGCGGAUUCCAUUGUCGCUGCCAGCUCUCCGGCUGAAGACAGCAAUCCCCGCAAAGAGAAGUCUGUGCUGCAAGCCAAGCUCACAAAGUUGGCCAUCCAAAUAGGAUAUGUUGGAUCCACAAUAGCAGUGCUGACAGUCAUUAUUCUGGUGGUGAGGCACCUGAUUGAGGUGUUUGUGGCGGAGGGUCGCCCCUGGAGAAGCAGUGACACCCAGCACAUUGUCAACUGUUUCAUCAUAGGCGUCACGGUUCUGGUGGUGGCUGUCCCAGAAGGUCUUCCAUUGGCUGUCACUCUCUCCCUCGCCUACUCUGUAAAGAAAAUGAUGAAAGAUAACAAUUUAGUACGCCAUCUAGAUGCCUGCGAAACGAUGGGUAAUGCAACGGCAAUUUGCUCGGACAAAACCGGCACAUUGACAACUAACCGCAUGACUGUGGUGCAGAGCUACAUCUGUGGUGUUCUACAUAAAUCAUCACCGAGAUAUGAAAGCCUUCCAGCUGUUGUGGCUGACAAGAUUCUGUACGGCAUAUCAGUCAACAGUGCCUACACAUCAAGAGUUAUGGCUGCCGAGAACCCGGGCGAACUUCCAAAGCAAGUGGGAAACAAGACUGAGUGCGCCCUGUUGGGCUUCGUGCUUGACCUGGGCAAGGACUACCAGAGCGUGCGGGACGACAUCCCCGAGGAGAUGCUGCACAAGGUGUACACCUUCAACUCGGUCCGAAAAUCCAUGAGCACAGUCAUCCCUCUCGAUGGUGGCCGAGGAUUUCGCGUCUACACCAAAGGAGCGUCCGAAAUCGUCAUGAAGAAGUGCAGCUUCAUCUUUGGAGCCAACGGUCAACUGGAGAACUUUAGGCAAGAGGACCAGGAUCGCCUGGUGAGGUCAGUCAUCGAGCCGAUGGCAUCGAAUGGGCUGCGAACCAUAUGCAUUGCCUAUAAGGACUACAUCCUGACGGGGUCAAACACCAAGGCCAACGAGGUACCAAUCACGCAAGAGCCCGACUGGGAAGACGAAGACAAUAUUGUGAGGGACCUCACUUGCCUCUGCGUGGUUGGCAUUGAAGACCCCGUACGCCCCGAAGUACCAGAGGCCAUUCGCAAGUGCCAGCGAGCGGGCAUCACUGUUCGCAUGGUCACUGGGGACAAUGUCAACACGGCGCGUUCCAUUGCACUCAAGUGUGGCAUCAUCAAGCCGGGCGAUGACUUUCUUGUUCUCGAGGGCAAGGAGCUCAACCGGCGGAUACGAGAUUCUAGUGGCGAGAUACAACAAGCGCUGCUGGACAAAGUUUGGCCGCGCCUGCGGGUGUUGGCUCGAUCGUCCCCACAGGACAAGUACAACCUGGUCAAGGGAAUCAUAGAAAGCAAGGUGCGCGAAAACCGAGAGGUCGUCGCUGUCACAGGCGACGGCACCAAUGAUGGGCCUGCCCUCAAGAAGGCAGACGUGGGGUUUGCCAUGGGUAUUGCCGGCACAGAUGUGGCGAAAGAGGCCUCCGACAUCAUCCUGACCGAUGACAACUUCACCAGCAUCGUGAAGGCCGUGAUGUGGGGGCGGAAUGUCUAUGACAGCAUUGCCAAGUUCCUUCAGUUCCAGCUCACUGUGAACACAGUGGCUGUCAUUGUUGCCUUUACGGGUGCCUGCGCCAUUAGGGACAGCCCCCUGAAGGCGGUGCAGAUGCUGUGGGUGAACCUUAUAAUGGACACCCUGGCGUCCCUGGCACUGGCCACAGAGCUGCCCACAUCCAGUCUGUUAUUGCGCAAGCCCUACGGCCGCACAAAGCCACUCAUCUCGCGCACCAUGAUGAAGAACAUCCUGGGGCAUGCCAUCUACCAGCUCACCGUCAUAUUCCUGCUGCUCUUCCUUGGCCCAGAGAUUUUCGACAUCGACCCUGGCAUGGGCGUGCGUCUCUCAGAGCACUUCACCAUCAUCUUCAACACGUUUGUCAUGAUGACCCUGUUCAACGAGGUUAAUGCCCGCAAGAUCCAUGGGGAACGCAAUAUUUUUGAGGGCCUCCUAACCAACCCCAUUUUCUAUAGCAUUCUGAUCAUCACUGCAGUUGCUCAGGUGAUAAUAGUGCAGUAUGGUAGCGUGUUUUUCCAAACAAAGGCCCUGUCCCUGGACCAGUGGCUGUGGUGUGUGUUCUUUGGUUGUGGCACACUGGUGUGGGGCCAGCUUGUGACCACUGUGCCGACCAAGCGCAUCCCCAAGACCUUCACCUGGGGAUCUGGCGCACCGGAAGAGAUGAACGCCACGGCCUCGCUCGUCGAGGACGGCAGUUCCGGCUCCCUCUCGCAGGAUGUCAAGCGCACGGGACAGAUUCUCUGGAUACGGGGACUCACCAGGCUGCAGACACAGGUGAUUGGAGGAGAGUUGCAGGAUCGAUUGAUUCCAGUUCCCUACAGCAAGAGUGCAACAGAUCAAGCUGCCUAUCAUUCUGAUGUUUUGGCGAAACAAAUCCGAGUAGUGAAUGCUUUCCGCAGUAACUUAGACGCUCGCAAUAAUCCUGCCUACCAGACCGCGCUCCUACGGAAGGCGUCAGCAGCGUCCCCAUCGGGCACCGGCUUUGUGCGGUCUCAGCUGCACUCACAGCCGCACACGUCGGCCGCUGCGGGACUCUCCUCGCCCAAGGAAGAGACGGCGGCCGCCUCGUCGGUGGCGGCACCUAGUGCCGCCGCCCCUGCCUCCUCGCCCCCGGGCCGGGAACCUCAGCAAGCGUCGUCGCCGCCAGGUGGCCCCAAGGAAGGCGACGCGACAUCCAAUCACAGUGUCGAGACUGCCGUGUGAAAGAGAAAAAAAAAAAUAACGAGAAAAAAAAAAGUGGCCGCGAGAUCGACCCUUCUUCCUCCAUGCCCAUGUGUUUUUGGACGCGCACGCUACCAUGUGACGAUGACGCCGUUUUUUCUCUCUCUGUCCCUUCUCUGUCUCCCGAUUUCCCGUUGAUCGCGUAUUGCGCCUUAACGGCGUUGCUUUCGAGUGUAACGUUGUGUGUGUGUGCCUGUGUCUCCAAUCGCCCGUUUUUCCUUUCCACGCCGCUGCAGCGCAUUCACUUUGACCGCGGGUGAGAUAUCUCGAAUGCACACAGCACACGUUCCCCUUACACCCCCCUUGCCUCGACCCGUCGCCUCCUCCCAUUAUUACCGUUACUUCGCGCACCUGUCGGCCCGCUCGCCGAACCUGGCUUCCUCGGCCACAACAUUUGAUUCAGUCGCACUUGCGAGAAGCAGCGCCCUUGUCUUGUAUGUGUAUGUGUCGGUGUCUAGGUCUGGCUUUUUAUGCCAUUGAAUGAAGUUUAGCCGAGACGUGCAACGGAGAUAGAGCGAAGUGCGUGCAGAAGAGAAAAAAAAAUGUAGCAGAGUAUCUUCGGAGACUCUUGUCUCUGCUUCCAUUCGCUCUAUUUUCCCCCGCCACGUAGCACGGGCCCGUUAAGACAAAAAGUGCAGUUUCACAGUCUUUUUCGUUCUUUUUUUUUGUUUCCUGCCACUUCACGUAGCUCAAAGUUUGUCGCGGUCUUAUAUUCUAUAUCGGUUAUGAACCGACCUGCGAGCGUCGGUAGCACGGGUUGCGGCACCGUAGUUCAGUCACUGAGCGGUUGUUGGCGGUUUGUUGGCUCGUGGGGCUGAGUGGUCGCUGAUAAGAUGGAGGCACGUUGCCACGGCAACCUGGAUGCGCCCGGUGUCGCCCCGUCAAUCAAAGCGUUGAUGAAGGCGCUCGGUGUUAUCGUUGCCGAAACGAAAACUGAUCGACGACGUGGAAAUAUUUUGCAGUGUGUGUGUGUGAUUGAGAACGCUAGCAGAAAAAUGUGUCUUUGUGACAAGGUUUGCCUGUGAGAGAGAGAGAGAUAGGUCCGUUAAGUUUGUGCAUAUUUUAACGCGGGGCAGCGCUCUGGAGGAGCGUUAGAGAAACGUAACCGAGAAACGCUACACGAAUUGUGCGAGUUUUUUUUUAUUACUUUUCUUUAGCACAGGUUACUUACCCUUUCACACGCUUAUUCUGUCAGCAGUGUGUUCGUAAAGUGCUUUAAAUUGUUCUACUUUCAUUCCUUCGCAUUUCCCCCAUCCCUCUCUCAUUCAUUUUGCUUGCGAAUCAAAUUGUGACAGAGGACUUCUUGUACAACACGAUUGUUAGUUACUUCGCAGUGCUUGCUGAAUUGUAUGUUAGUCGUAUACAAAUAUAAAUACUAUACAGAUUAUAUAAAUAUAUAUAUAAAUAUAUGAUGAGCAUUUAUUUUAGCAUUACAUUGCAAUGUCGAGAGUAAGUAGGGGAAAGAGGGGAGAGUGCGCAGUUUCACGCAUUAAAAAAAAUACUAGUAGCAAAGUUUUUUCAGUACUUCGUCGGAGCUGGCGGUAGCAGCGGAAAACGCAUAGUAGCGGCCGCGCAGGUUAAGCAAAACAAAAAAAAAAUGGCUCAAGCUGUCCCCGCCUGGUCUCCGUGCGUGUGGCUUUUGUUGGGCUUGGUAGAUUUGCACGUUGCCGCAGUUGUACCUUGUUAUAGAGAGGCAUGCCAUACCCUCCGUACAACUCCUCCUCCCUACCUCGUCACACCCCACUCCGAAUUUUGCAAAAGGGUCUCGUUGACGAAAGUCAAUGUCGAAUGCUGCCCUCGCAACUGAAAACAGCACCUCGCGUCCCCGAAGAAGCAGUGCGUGAAUGAGAAGUUUUCCGAGCGUACGCCUACAACCCUCCCGUCUAAGAGUUGUAACAUAACGGAGGCGAUCGAUUACGCGUACAAAAAGACGAGAAGCGUCGGAAUUGUGUGAAUGUUUUUUUGCGUCCCGCGUCACUCUUUGCCUUACACGACCUCGCGUGUCACGUGGUUCGCGCGGCUGCGCCUAUUGGCUGCGAGUGAGCGGAGCCCGUGACGUGUCCCGCACAUUCUUCCCGUAGCGCCCCCUGUUCCCUUCUUUCCGCGUUACCCCUUGAUCUACGAGAGGUUGAAUGACACACACACACCCUCCUCCUUCAAGUAUCGAGAGAUCUUCAUUUUUUUUUCUUGGUGUUCAAAAGGAACACUAAUGCAAGGUGUGAAAGCUGCUGUUGAGAAAGAAAAAAAAAAUGCUUCGUCAACAUACCAACUUCCUUUCCUUUCAUUUUCCUUACACGUAUCUAUGGCAUAUACAUAUAUACAUAUAUAUAAAUAUACAUAUGCGAUAUAAAUAUACUGAGAGAUAUACAUGCCUAGCCUUCCUGACCUAACCCGCUCUCUUAUAACAAGAAAGUGUCUCUUUUUUUGUCACUUCGAGGUAAAAAUCAAUUUGGUCGGCAACGCUGGCGCCAGCUCUGUCUGCACUUGUACAACGAAUACGACGGGGUUUUUUUUUUCACGCGUUUAGAAGUGUCUUGGUGAAGAAGAAAAAAAAAACGCUUUUCGUUUUUCACGCAAUGCAUGGUUCGGUUUUGUUCGUAUAACAAAUGCUCGUUUUACCUCAAUUUCUCCGCCUUUGCUUGCGCUACCAUCUAUUUCUCUUCGUUUUCACUUCCGUACGCUUCCUAACAAAGAAUUGUUGAAGAAAAAAAAAACAGAAUAACUUGCGCAGGGAUGAGCGUGACGUCUUAGACUGAAGUAGUCCGUAGCACCACAUUAAAAAGAAAAAAAAAACACGAAACAAUCGACAGCGGAGACUAGGUGAAAUACGUUUCGUGCUCUAUGUCCGAGCGUUUUACGCCACUCAUGAUGCCUCGCAUGACUCGCUUUCACUCGAUCGUAGUAGUUUUGAUGACUCAGCACAAUACCCAUCGUUUUCGCGACGCGCAAGAGACAAAUGCGGAUUCAUACUCAAUCGCCAUGAAGCUCACUUUUUUUUCCUGUCCUUUUGUAAAUCGAUGCGUGCCUUCUGGGGUUGCGCACUUUCUCAACGUAUCGGAGACAGGGACGCCAAAGAACGACAUCGUCUCGAAUAACGUUAUGCAAAUUAACGCCUAUACCCCUUGAGCUUGUUUCGAGAGAUGUCGGCUCAGUUUUAGAGCAAAAUUGUUUGGACGUAAUGCGUUUUCGUGCCCUCAAGUCUUUUCAGUACUCCCCCCCCCCCCUCCUGUCCCUCCCCUUACUGCUUUUCUUGGGGUGAGCGUAUAGUCUUUUUUUUGUUGUGUAGACGUUUAUUUAUGGUUGUCAUGUUGUAGCAAUAUAUUUCACUAUCGCACGUGCACGCCACAAUCCACGAAUGCUUUCGGUGAUCCGCACUCGUUCGCGCGAGUAUUUUGCGUCAUCAUCGACCUUUUUGAUAAUUUCCAAGCGGCCCAGCGCAAAUAUCGCCAAUCGCGAACUGUGCCCCUCUUGGUAGCUUAAUCUUAUCGCAGUCCUCGAUUCGGGGACUCGUUGGAUCCCUAUAAUUUUCUUGUGCGCUGCCUUUUUUUUUUUUCAUACGUGCAGCCCCUUUCAGAGUAUGACGAUCGCGUGUAAUUGGCAGCGAUUAUUCUUUCAUACGUGCAAAAGAUGCAAAGAAAGCGGGGAGGCAACAGGCCGGCAACUUCCGCAGUGGGAGGUCUCGACGCCUGUCUGCGUUUCGGGAAAGAAAGGAAAUGGAAUCAAACGAAAAAAAUGACGGGAAUCACAGGCAGGAUUGAAGUGGGAACGUAAAGGAAACUCAAAAAGCCAAAUUGGUUUCGUGCAUAAAAGUUAGAUAGGCCCUGGCGUGUCGAGCAGCACGUCCCUUACAUAAGUGAAGUGAGAAGCCGCGCACUUUAAUUUCGAUACUAUCUUUAUUCCUUAAUUAGCUAAGCAUACGCCGCCGAAGAAGCGUAGACGCUUCAAGAUGGUCGCAACGUAUCCUUCACCUACCGAGCAUUGACGAGAGAGAAUGACCACAGUAACGAUAGCGACCAACCGCCCUUCUACGAAGGCGCAGUCUUUCGCCGACCGACCGUUCGGAGCUCGCUCGCGCUGGUGGCAAGAACGGUUUUCGAGCCUCGCAUUGAGAUACAGCGCUGCUGAAAGCGUUAAAAAAAUUUACAUCUGAGCUUGAGAGUGGUUGAGGGCCGGUUGACGUGUAAUAUGUCAUUAUGCAAAAAAAUUUCUCCCACUUUGACGAGUGGCUGAACGUCUCGGAAGGAGUCCAGUUUCAACGCGUGCGUUUCUUUGCGCCGUACUUUUUUUUUUUUUCACACUGGCUGUCUCCGUUAUACGUUUCUCAUACGCCACUCGUUGACGUCGUGGGCAUUCUGCUCAGCUUGUUGGUUACAUCUAUAGGUAUAUAUAUAUAAUGCAUGUCUUUCUUUCCAAAUUCGCACGUUCGAGACGCAAAGCGUGCCUUGGCCACCGUAGUACUCUCCACUUCGUCGCGUGAAGUUCGAAAUGAGGCAAAGCGCGGGAAUAUAGCGUCCUUCCACACGGGCUUAGACCGGUGCAGAAGUUUCAAAGCGCGGCUAUGCUUACGGAGUCGCGACGAGGGAAGGGGGUCAUCGGCAACCGGAGGUAGUACCAUAUGUAAAACUUAAAUGAGAAGGGGGGAGGGGGUACAGAGGAUAUUCAAAACAUACGUGUUGCAGUUGAGGAAAAUGCUCGUUUUGCGCACAAUUUUAACGCUUCAACACUUCGCACAAGCAAAGGCUAACCAUUAUACUAUCUAAAGGUUAGGCGCGUACCGUCUGGAAAGCAGUUGGGGGUAGUCUAACACUCGCUCCCGUGUAUGUCGUAUUUCGCACUUCGUUACGCAGUUUUUCGAUUUUUCGCGUGGCGACCCAAUCUCGCUCAGCGCCGCUUAUGCGUGUUCAUUUCGUACGGCGUGAAUCAGACUUGCCUAGAGUGAUCGAGUGGCUGGUAGAUUGCUGCGCGACACGUUCCGUGCAGUGUGUAGGCUGAACAUGCGACAAUGACCAGGUGACGGCCCUGACUGGUGCACGAAAGACGGCCGUUAAAAUCGGCUGAUUUGAUCAGUGUAGACAAGUGUGGCUAGCGUGGUACAUGACAAGGGUAAGCCACUGAACAGCACUAAGCAAAGAGUCUCCUAUAGCGACCGAAUUUCAGUAGAUAAUUUGACGCCAAUGACGACUAACAUUCGAUGCCUUGUUUGGAUCGCGUGGCCCGGACAACUUGUCUUCCGUCGCCUAUAUUUCUGGUACGAACUUACUCUGCACGCCUCACCCCCUUGAGUAUCGGUGCCCUGUGGCUGAGUUUUCUGAUUGCACGGUUAUCGCGCCCCAAACUUUAAGCGCGAACGUCCGCUGUUUCCAGUGUUUACAUUCUCUCGCACCUAUGUUUAUACGUUUGUGUUUUUUGCCCUGCACGUUCGCCUUUUGUCCGUGUUUGUUUCCGAAGUCAUUGCCUGGAAGUUUAAAAGCAUGCGUCACAUGGCGGCUGAAGUCGUACGUUUACCUGCAUAGUUUCGUAUUGCUUGUUUCGUAUAGUUUCUGAGUGACGUCAUUGCACCUUGCCGAAGAGGCCCGUAGGUGGGAGGAAGCGCGGGCGAUCUAUUUAGUGUCUAGACUUCACGGUGAGGCUAUAAUAUGCGCUUAGACGACACCUCUGGGCGCACUUUUCUCACGUUCUGCGCGGUGGUGGAGUUUUCAACCGUGUCGCAAGUCCCUUUUGGGGGGCGGGGACGCUUUUACAGUCAAAAGGGGGUCAUAUCCACAAACACACACUCACACGCCGCGUAAAACUAUGCGUAAGCUAUUACCGUUAUUAUUGCCAGUUGCUGUUGACUGUUAACGAUCGCGCCAGAUUUUUUUUGUUUCUUCUUUGGCUGUUGUCUUCAUUUUGCUAACCUUUCUUUCUUGUCCUUUUUUUCUUCUUCUUCGAUCUCGUUUGAAGAACCAACCUUUCCGUAGAUUUCCCUUCGCGCAGGGCUUCUGGCCGUAGGGGCGGGUCGGGCUACGAUAUCACUAAAGCUAUCUCUAGCAAACUGUAGGCAUCUUCGAUGGUCACGGUACCAUUCUAGGGCCCAUUUGAAACUUUUUAAAUGCUACACACAAUUGUGGUGUUAGGAGCUAGAUGUAUAUCGCCUUUUAAGUGUCUGACGUCCAUUGUGGUCAAGUUUUGGAAAGUCUGGGUGAACAUCGUUUUUUUUUUUAAAUGGUAGAACUCGCACGACUGCAAUCAUCUGCAAAGCAAACUCGAUUCACUCCUCCUGUUAAACCUGUUUUUGUUUUUGCACCGCGAGAGUUCUAUACACCGAUCUGCCUGCUGAGUGCUUGUGUGACGACCAUAUUGCGCGUUAAUGUUCGUUUCGUCAAAAUUGUCAUAGUUUUUUUUUUCUUCUCUUGCGUGCCUCUUGUUGAAACGUUGCUUUGCUUUCCUCUAUGAGCACAUCAUGAAGUGAAUGUUCUAGAAAUAAAAAAAAAUCGGAAGUCUUGAAAAAUAUGUAUAACACCUAGUGAGACGUAAAAAAAAAGAUCUGUGUGUUAAUUAUACUGAAUGCAUGCUCGCACUUGUUUUCAGGGGUAAUUUAUGCAACAACUUAUCAGUGGUACGUCGCGGCAAGUGCUUUGCAUUUGAAACAUUCUGCAUCAUAAUGACCGUUCAAUGCCAUUGUAAAUGAAUCAUCAACUUCAUCUUCUGUUGCGAAAUAAAGUUACCCAGCUCUUGUC